GCUACAGACCUGAGCAGGCAGCUGUCCGUCAUAGAUAAGGGAAAGCAGAAAAGAGGACAGCACAUGAAAUACUCUUACUUGCUUGGAUUUAAACUCCAGCCCUAUAUGAAGUAGGACAUGCAAUCUGAAACCCUUCCCUGGGUUUAGAUGCCUUUGCAAGCCCUCUUGUGUUGGACUGCCAGCUCGCUAUCUCAGUGACAGCUCACGGAGAAGGUGGAGUUCUUGGUACUCACUACUUAGAUUCAGGCUAAAAGCUUGAAAACUUGCCUAGGAAGUAGGAAUCUGUGCUUGCUGUUGCCUUCCACUGCCAAGGAGAGCUCCUGAACCACCAGCUCGAAAGGAAAGUUGGAGUAGAGACAUCCAUUGAAACUGUGCAGGCUGAGUGGACCAUUAAUAAGCGGAUGGGCUCUGCUGGGAAGACUUGUCCUUACACCAUGACAGCUGACGAAUCAGAAGUUGGAGAGUUAGCUCUGGAGCCCCUGCUCACUUGCAAGCUAUGUCUCUGUGAAUAUUCCUUGGAUAAGAUGACCACUCUUCAGGAAUGCAGCUGCAUCUUUUGUACAUCGUGCCUAAAGCAGUACAUGCAGCUGGCAAUUCAAGAAGGUUGUGGUUCUCCUAUCACGUGUCCAGACAUGGUAUGCUUGAACCAUGGGACCCUACAAGAAGCAGAGAUUGCCUGUUUGGUGUCUGUUGACCAGUUUCAGUUAUACAAGAGGCUGAAGUUUGAACGAGAAGUCCACUUGGACCCCCAGAGGACAUGGUGCCCUGCAGCCGACUGCCAAACGGUGUGUCAUAUUGCACAGAGCCAGUCGGGAGCGCCAGUGCCGGUGGAGUGCCCAGCUUGCCGUCUGACGUUCUGCUCCUCUUGCAAGGAGGUGUGGCACCCGCAGAGCCUGUGCCAGGGAAACCAAACUACACCAGUGCUAACUGAGCAGGGAUCACUUAUUGGAACGGAGACAGAAGCACCAAUUAAGCAGUGCCCAGUUUGUCAGAUCUAUAUUGAGCGAAACGAGGGCUGUGCUCAGAUGAUGUGCAAGAACUGCAAGCACACGUUUUGCUGGUACUGUCUACAGAACUUGGAUAACGAUAUUUUCUUAAGACAUUACGACAGAGGCCCUUGCAGAAACAAGCUGGGCCACUCGCGGGCUUCGGUGAUGUGGAACAGAACGCAGGUUGUGGGGAUCCUCGUUGGACUAGGUAUCAUAGCAUUGGUGACCUCCCCCUUGCUGCUCGUGGCAUCUCCAUGCAUCAUCUGCUGCAUUUGCAAAUCUUGCCGAAGCAAAAAGAAAAAACACAGCCCGCUAACAACCUAAAACUCUGUGUCUGUUUGAGGCUCCAUCUGUACAGCAUAUGUAUGUGAGAAAGCACAAUGGUUGUAUUUUGGUGCCAUACCUACCAAAUAAUACUCCCCUUUUUUGCCAGUUCUUGGGAUAAGUGCCUAUUCUUUACAGGCUACUCUAUCACUAACAAGCCCCAGUGUGGGGAAAGUUUAGAUAAUUGUGCAGUACGUAUGGUAUAGAUUUUUGCUUUCUAAAAGGAAAACAGGGCACCAUUCAGUAGUUCAUACCCUUAAAUAUGAGCCACCUUUUGAGACUGCUAGAACUUUACCAUCUUCCGUCAGCUGCACGUGACUUGAUCCUGCAGUAUUACUCUGCCUUUGCAGACCCAGUUGUUAACGUCAUGUUUUCUGUUUGUUCUCGGUGAUGCUCAGAUUUCUCAGAAAAUUUUUGGUAUUCUUUAAAAGUGGGAGAAGGAAAAGCCUAAUGAAGUUGUUCUGCCUGCUAGCUUGCAUCCUGUUAAAGGUAUCAAACUGUUAAGAAAAUAUCUUUGACAGUGUCCUGUCAACUGGCUACCAUGGCAUUUCUUUCAGCAUUAAAAUCAAUUUGAUUUAUACUAUUGAUCUCAAUUAUAGAAGUAAACCCAACAAAAUUAUUUCUAAGAGAGGGCUCUCUCUUGAAAGACUGGACUACCCUGUGAAAGCUGUUAUUCUUUCAGAUCAAACAUGACAUAUCUACCUUAAAAUACAAGGAGUGUGCGUAUUUCCCUGCCAUUGGGCAUGCCUUUUGUCAGUAACAUGGGUAUAGAAAACUAACCCUGAAGUUAAUGUUUUAAGAAAGGCCAUGAUACAGUUCCGGUUUGUGUGCAGUAUUGGGAUCUUGGUUGUGUGUAUAUAGAGUGGCCACACCGGCAUGGAUACACAGAGUACAUAUGCACAAUUUAUUUUCUAGGCAGUCAUAUAUUUUUUCAACAGUUUGCAUGGGGUAGCAGCAAGAACCCUGUUAAAAAGUUACUCAGACCAGGCUGAGCCAAAUCCUACUUUAAAACCUUAUGGACCUGCUGAAGUGAAUACUUGAGAAAUGCUGUGUAAAUGUAAGCUCCAUCCAUUGGUGGGUAUUUCUUCUGUCCCACUCAAAGUUAACAAACCCUGUUACUGAUAAUUUUUAGUUACUCUGAAUCUGAAAGGCUGUCAUUUAACGAACCCUUCGUUUUCAUUCGGUGCCUCACCACCACACUGAUUCAGACCCUGGUAUCAGUUACACCUGUAUAAGUUCACUGAAACCUCACCGAAGAGCUGGAGUUACUCCAGGCUUGCUCAGGAGCAGCUGACAUCAGACUCUGCUCUCUGGAGUUUGUUUCCUUAAUGGCUGGUGCUCCUCACAACCCUGGCUGGUGGUGGCUUUUGGUCUGGACCCCUGUCUGUGCAUUUUAUCUGCGGGAAUUGAUAUGAGUUUGCACUAUAGAUUCCGUUGUCAUUCCAGUCCCCUUUCGGUAAGGGCUGCAAGGUUUAAAUGAGAUGCUCAGCCUGGGCAUUGUGUCAGGCUCACCUCCACUGGUCUGCCCUCCUCCGUGCACACAGUGCAAGGCACCCAAAGAGUUCUGCGAGGAGCGUCUUUGCUGUUGCAUUUGGCUGAGCCUCAGGAACUUUGCCUUCUUGGCAGCCGUAAAUGUGACCUUUUUUUGUUUAACUUCGCUCUCUGGUUACUGUAACAGAAGUGGUAGAUGUUCUUAUUUUAAGAAAGUAUAGUCUGUUGAGCAGACUAGCAGGGACAAAAGCCUUAAAUGAUAUUGUCUGUUCUACUUUUUAAUUGAUUUCUUUUAUAAAUACUGUCUGACUGCUACCAGUCAUGACUAGAGGGCAGGCAGUACUCGCCAAUGUGAAAAGCUGUAUUUAUUCUCCAUCCACAGCUUCGAAUGGAAGCAGAAAGGUAGUCAGUACAUUCUAAAUACAGAGUGCAAUGCAGGCAACUGCCAUUUAUAAUAGAGAAUGUUUUCUGUAUGUGUUUUCUUUAAAAGUGGUAAUGGUAGUGCUCUGGGGUACUUGUGACAGAUUAAGGUGUCCAGCCCUUGGCUUUGCACUAUUUUUCUACCUAGGUUUUUAUGGCACUACUGUCAUUUCAGUUUUAUUUAUGAACUUGCAGUUGAGACUCUUACUUAACAAAGCCUCAAGGACAAAGAUAUAGGAGCUAUACAGUCUCUUUAACCAUAACCAGCAUUGCAAUGUACCAAUAUCCUUUGCAUGUUAAAAUUUGUGGAGUUUUCAUGUUUCGUGGUCUUACCUAUGUCCAAUGCACCUUCUGCUAGACCAGUUUCUUUCUUUGUCCUCUCCCUUGUUCCCUUGGCCUGUUUUUGCUAAAAUGCCUAACGGAAUGAAGGUGUCUCAUAGUUUUUUCAUUAAUAGUGCUUGUUAAUGAAACUGCCAAGUUCUUUACCCUGUAAAGAAAUGCAACUGAAGGCAGUCAUCUUGCCCAGAAUGCACUAAUGGAUACAAGGUCACCAUUUGUAUUUAAUACAAAUUUGACCUUUUUCAGUUCUUUAAAUGUUGUCUAAAGUUAAUGCAGAUCUCUCUGUAGAUUGGGAACUUGUUUAAAUGAUUUGAAGGGUAAUAUUUUAUGAAAGCAUUGUAUAUAUGCACGGCUGUAAAGUCAGGGAAAACAACACUCUUCAGCUUAUUUUUAACUCCUCAGUUUGAGUGCAGAGUAACUUCUUUCUGAGACUAAUACCCACAGAGCAGAAGGAAAGUGUGCCUUUUCCAUGUGCACAUUUUACUGCUGGUGCCAGUUUAGGUGCCUGGUGGGGGUACCAAAAGUGGUAGAAAUUCAGUAUGCAGAUGUUAGCACAACCUGACAGCCAGAAUGCCAGUCCAGACAUCUAAGGAGCGUGUACGCUGAUUAGUAGCAGUGGUCCAGGAUUUAGCUGGGGGUCUUUACAUAAAAUCUGGAUAAAGAGAGCAUGAGCUACAGGCACACCUUCCUUUGGCUGUGUAGAUGCAACAAAUUGUCGAAGAAAGGAGCUCUAGAAAUACUUUAGAGCUUAAAAUAGAAGUCUUACAAAGAUUGUUUUCUUUAAAAGGUGGUGCCCAGUGUACCAUGUAUCCUGGCUUUUCAUUGCAUUGGGCUACCUGAGCACAUGCAUUAAGUGGACCCUGAACUGGCCAGCACAGGAGGACACACUAACUCUGCCAAGUAAAGCUGUGCCUAUGCUGAAGUGCUGGGAGCAGUAGGGCCCUGUUGACUUUCUUUUCCAGAAGGCAGCUAUUUAGCACCAACUGUUUGUGCUCACAGAGUUUUCAGAGAAACAUUUUAGCAAGAACCUUUUUACAGCGUUGGUUUUUGGUUUGGGGUUUGGUUUUUUUUAAACUGUAUAAGAAAAAUUAAGUCACUUUAUAAGGGAUUUAUUGCAAGCGUGACAAAUAAUACUAAGAGAAAUUAGGGAGAAAGAAACAAAAACAGGACUUUGACUACUUGUGACUCUUCUAAAUCAAUGUAUCUGUAAACCUACCCUCUUGAACCCCAUCUGUGUGAUGUGGUGCGUGUUAGUACCACGCUUCACUGCUCUUAUCAACUCUCUUCUUUCCCCUGCGGCAGGUCAUCUGGUGCGUGGGUAGCACCCAGGGGAGAGCUCAGGGCUGUGGCAGGGCAGGGCACUAUGCAGGAGCUGGAGUCUACGACACACCACCCACCCUGGCUCCAUUGCCAAUUUGCCCUGGGGCCUUUAACCACUGAAAGAGACCUUGGGGUUUGUAGGCUGGUAGCGUUACAUUGAUAGUGUCCACGGAUGUCUCCCUUGGAGAACAACAGUGGCAACUACACUAUUCCCUCUGAACAUGGAGCAUUCAGUCCUUCUGAAGAUUGGGCUCUCGAUGAUUAAAGAUUAGAUCCUAAAAUUAGACUGCAGUGCUAUAAAUCUGGAUUUUUACUGCAGCCGGCCACACAUGUCCAUGGCCCCAUAUCUCCUUGUAAUUUCAUGUCAGUCUCUGAAUCUGUGUCAAAUAUAGCUGAGGAUCCCACUCAGCAUCUCAUGUCCUUGUGUUAAAAUGAGGAUGAUGAUGCCUGCUCCCAAAACCACUUGUUAAUAAAAAGAAAAUAUUUGUCAUGCCAUAGCAUAAGUACUUCCCUGCAGUAUUUAUUCUAGGACUAUGGGAGGUGGUCAAUGGUGCUGUUCAGUAUUUGAUGAUUUAUUAAUGGUGCAUGGGUUUGCUUACCUCAAAAAAGGACAUGAGGGGUAACAGUGAUUAAUGUUGCUACAGUACUUUAAUGAUGCUAAAUGCUACAUACUGUUGUCUGUCCUGUAACAUAGUAUAAAGUCCAAAGAUAAGUUUAUAAUGUAUGUCAUUUUUACUUGAGUGAACUAAGAAAAACUGGAUAUUACCUUCAUAUUUGUUUGCAGCUAUACAAGUGGACAGAAAUCAACUGCAUUUCCACAAUGGGACAAUGAAAUCAGCUUUUGGCUGCUCUGUUCUCCGGUACCACAGCGGGUGGUUGUGCUGUAGUGCCUGCCGCUUUAAAAGUUUGAAAUCGCUUUGCACUGUAAUCUCCUUCACCCAGUCACUCUCAUCUUUCUCAGACAAGUUCCUUUUAUGAUCCUAUUUUUCAUCCUCUAUCUCAGGCCAAAGAUUCUUAGUGUGAAAUUAGUACAAUUCUUUGUACGAGGAUAAAAACCUUCCCACGAUUUUCUCCCAGGUAUUAGUAAGAAAUUUGAUGCUGAGAUAAAUGACCAAAGAUAGAAAUUCCAGACUUGGCUGGUUUAGAAAAACUCAUUCAGACUUAAGAAGUUGUCUUGGAAGGCCUAAAUAAGGACUGCUUUGUUAGAGCUCAUAGGUGAAGGAGCCCUACAGCUUUUCAGAUUCAUGGGAGAGCUGCUUCUAUUGUUGAGCAGACUUUUCUGGAAAUGUGCCGGGGAAAAAAUCUACAUCCUAUAUACAUAUUUUUAUUAUAUAAAUCAAAAAAGCUACUCGUGUAUGGUUUCAUAUUUUAGGGAUACAAACCCCCUGGAGGCUUUCUAGGUUGUGCUUAUACAGAAAGAUAAUUUUAAAAACACACUAAAACAGUUGAACAGAGUGUGCUAGUUAUAAAAAUUGUAAGACAUCUCUCACACAUAAGCGUGUAGGAUCAGACCCAGAUUUACAUGGCUGGUAAUAAAGAUGUGAAAAUUUACCUCUCCUGGAGCAUCGAGAGUUGACUCUUCUGUGGUCUGCUGGAAGCUGAACUUACUGCUAAGGUUCUGGAAAACUUGAGUUUAAUUUUUAUCUGUCCUCUAGUUAGUAAAGUAAUGAAGUGAGAGCUCAAUGGUCUUGCUGAACAGGAAGCCCAAAGGUCUGUUGUGUGUCACUGCACUCAAGUUAAUCAGAACCAAUGUGAUUUUAUGAUUAUAAUUUAUACAAUUCAUAUAUAAUUUAUAAUUAGUAAUUAUAAAAUAUUAAUUUUUACAUAUCAUUGCCUUUUAUCAUAUGAUAGAUUUAUUUUUGUUGCAUUCAUACGUGAAGCCUUUCUGCUUCCUGUGGAGAAGGUCAUGGUGUUCCUGGCAAGGUAAAUUCCUAUGAUUUGGUGCAGUCCACAGUAAACAUUUACCGUAAUUUUUUAGUUAUAUCAGAGGUUUUGUUAUGAUCCCACAAGUUAGUUCUUUGACUCAAGCAAACUUCUAUUGUUAGGAGAGGUGGUUUCCUAACAAUGAAUCUUAUUGGCCAUCACAGUUUGGGCUAUACGAGAUUAUACUGGUUGACAAGGUCCACCAGAUUUUUAGAGAACAUUUAGAGAGCCUCAUUCCUUCCCCUUCUGCCAAAGAGGCUUUGUCUUUUCUUGGCUGAAAAUUAAGGACUUCAGACAUUUGCUUGUGCCUUCUGCAUGUCCAAACAGAAGCAGCAGCUUCGGGGGCCACGUGCCGGGAGAUUUCAGACAGGUUGAAUGUGUGGUGCUGCAGCACAUGUGCAGUGAGUUGCUUAAAAUUCAGGAAGGUGCCUGAGUUUUAUGGCUUGCUGGGGCCCAUGCAGUGGAUGUGGUGCACAAGGGACUCAUCCAGGCGGCUUCAUGAGCGCGGUGAGCUGUACGGUGCUGGGCCAGUGCUGCACUGUCGCCGUGAUGCCGGGCUGUCUCACCAUGCACAAGCAUAUCCCAGAGUUUCAUAGGGGCUGUAUCUCAAGCUGGCCCUUUCCAUAGCCACCCACCCACCCCUGAACUCCCCAAAUUCCACAGCGAAUUUCUGUUUUGUUUUUCAGUCUCUGCUACUGGCCUGUUUCAGUUUCAGAGAGACCUCAGUUCAGAUGAGUUAUUUGGAGCUCAGCUAGUCGAAGCAUUCACUUUGCCUAGGAAGCAAGUCUUGUGAAUGAAGAAAAGCAGAACUGCUAUAUACUACACUGACAUUAGCGUCACAGGCGCCAAGGGUCACCUUGUGGGAACCGUUUAACUGCCUGAGCAUUGCUUAUUUCUGGAAAAAACCCUGUGUAUUUUAAAUACAAGUGUGGUUCGAAGUGUUCGAGUCUGACAGUGGGGUGUGUUUCUGAGUGCUGAUAUGGGCUGCCAGCAGUUGUGGACCCCCAUCCUGCCCGGUCUGAGGCAGGUACUUGGCUCUGCGCGUUGCAAACAGAGGCACUGGGAUUAGCCAGGGUAUUCGCAGCGCUCCCAGCUCUUCUCAGUUUAAGUUCUCCUGGAUGGACUGAUGCUGCUUUCAGAUGCAUUUGUUUGAAAUAAAGCCUUGGCUUGAGAGGAGCAGGAGAGAGGGCACUUCAUUGCUGUGCGGGGCGAGUGGCACAGCAAGGAGCAGUUUCGUCUUGGCAGGAGGAAUUGCAUUCCUCUCCACAGGGGCAGCUCUUCUUCUUCGGGCGGGGGCGGACUUGUCUCCUGCGCGGCAGCACACAGGGGUAAAUUCCUGCUCAGUGUCUAGGUGUUGUUUCCCCGGUACCUGUUUAGGCUAACAUUUUGUUUAUCUGGGUUUUUUUUCUUUUCCUCCAGGUAAUAUGCUUUCUUCACCACUUUUCUCCUGGUGAAGGGCAAAAGAGUUUGAUCUUUGUAAGAUUUGUUAAAAUAUUUUUAUGUUUAUAAGAGGAAAGCUGAUAUGUAUAAAGAAAUAAGUGCUUUUGUAAAUUUUUUGUUGUAUGAUUCAGCAUUUAAACGUUUUACAGAUGCAAUUUUUUGCACUCUCUCUGCAUAUAUUCAUAAAAAUAUAUUUAUUUUCUGUCUUUAAGAUUUACUUUGGGGUUUUUUCUUCUAAUGUUAUAAAGUGCAGUAUGUGCAACAUUAAAAAAUUAGUGUAAAACCGU